AGAAACCUCAAAGGCCUGGACAGGGUCAGCAUCCUGAAGCCAGCUGCUUUUGGCAGCUUCCUUUCUGGUCAGGCCUAACCUCUGUACAGCUCUGAGUACACCGCUGACAACCACGGCUGCAGCACAGAACACAGGAUGGAGCGCCGACGGCCAGAGGCUGCAGCUACCACCUUCCACCAAUGCUGGCCAGCCCGGCUGCUGCUGUGGCUCUCAACCCUGAGCUGUUCUUUCUCCUUGCCAGCUUCUCUCCCUCCUUCUCUGGUACCCCGAGUCAGAAGCAGCUACACUGUGGGAAAGACAUUCCUCGGUCUUGAUAAAUGCAAUGCCUGCAUCGGGACAUCCAUUUGUAAGAAGUUCUUUAAAGAAGAAAUAAGGUUUGAAAGCUCGCUGGCUUCCCACCUGGGACUACCUCCUCAGGACUUGCCUUCUUAUGCUGCAAAUUACUCAGAUGACUCUAAAACCUGGCGCCCUGUGGAGAUUUCUCGACUGGUCAGCAAGUACCAAAGUGAGAUAUCUGACAGGAGGAUCUGUGCCUCUGCAUCAGCGCCAAAGACCUGUAGCAUUGAGCGCAUCCUUCGGAAAACAGAGAGGUUCCAGAAAUGGCUGCAGGCCAAGCGCCUCACACCUGACUUGGUGCAGGGCCUGCCCAGUCCCCUCCUGCGCUGCCCUUCGCAAAGACUCUUAGAUCGUGUGGUUCGACGCUAUGCUGAAGUAGUCGAUGCUGGCAGCAUCUUCAUGGACCACUUCACCGAUCGUGACAAGCUGCGUCUCCUCUACACACUGGCUGUCAAUACACACCCCAUCAUCCUGCAGAUCUUCCCUGGAGCAGAGGGAUGGCCGAUGCCCAAGUACCUGGGCUCCUGUGGUAGAUUCCUGGUCAGUACCAGCACCAGACCGCUGCAAGAAUUUUAUGACGCCCCUCCAGAGCAAGCUGCUGACCUUGCCUACCAACUCCUUGGGGUCUUGGAGUCCCUGAGGAGCAACGAUUUGAACUAUUUCUUCUACUUCACCCAUGUUGAUGCAGGCAUGUUUGGCGUCUUUGACAACGGGCAUCUGUUCAUCCGGGAUGCCAGUGCGCUAGGCAUCAUCGACAAGCAGGAAGGCAGCCAAGCAGCUGCCAGGACUGGAGAGAACGAAGACAUUUUUAGCUGCCUGGUUUCUGGCUGCCAGGUCCAGCUGUCCUCCUGUGACACUGUCCCUGAGAAGCAAAGCCUUGUGCUGGUGUGUCAACAGCUGCUGCCUCAACUUCUCCAGGGAAAGUUUCCCUCCCCUGUACAAAAGGAGAUAGACUCCACCCUCAGCCUGUGUAGCAAGGAUGCCAGCACAGACCUAGAAGUUUUGGGGGCCACCGGUCGGCUGAAGGACAUCUUGAGAUCUCUGAGAACCUGUGAUCCUAGAUUUGCCUACCGCUACCCAGACUGCAAGUAUAAUGAUAGAUUCUGACUGGCUGAAGGAAUGAUCUACAAGCACUUCCAUAUCCCCUGAUGAGUUACUGCCAAAUUGUAAGAAGCAAUUGCAUUUUGAAUAUUUAAGUACAUUGAUUUCCUAAGAAACACACAGAACUAGAGGGAGAAACUCUGACACUGCAUGAUUAACAUCACUGGCUAGGACACCAUAGCAGAGUCAGGAGGUGGGCACAGAAAGACCAGGUGUAAACCCUCAAUAUCUUUGAACCUCCAUUUUCUAUAUAUUUUGCCAGACUUUCGUAAGGUUAAAGAAAAAAGUGGUGUAAGGGGCCCAGAAAUACAGUUGUGACCCACAAAUCAUGUUCCAGAAGCACACACAGAUAGGGCAAGUGAGAAAGUCCCAUGUGUUGGGAGGCUGGCACAGGUAGAAGGCAAGAGGAAGGCAGGGCUUUGGGCCGUUGGAACUCAAGUCCCCCAUUCCUAUUCUCCUGCAUCUGUGAGGAGAAACCAAAAG